UAUUUUCUACCGUGGUUUUUAGGUCAUUUGGAUGUUAUGAAAUUGCUGAUCAAAUAUGAAGCACAUGUGAAUGCUACAGAUGACGAGAAUAAAUCUCCACUACACUAUGCUGCCGAGAAGGGCCAUAAAGAAGCAAUCGAAUAUCUCAUCAAAUAUAAAGCACGUGUGAAUGCUAAGGAUGAUCUGAAUAAAACGUCUCUCCAAUAUGCUACAGAUAAUGGUCACAACAAUAUAGUCACUUACUUGAAAAAGAAACAAAGAUUGUCAGAUCAGCUAAUUGGACCUAAAAUUGAUUAUCAUAUAAUUAAACGUUCAUAAAAGUAUAAUUUUCAGCAUAUAUUUUCAUCAACAAUAAUUGAAUUUCAAAAAUUAAAUAAUAACCA